CUCUAUUCCAUCCUCCAGUUCCCUCACAUCCUCCAACUACCUCCCAUCCUCCCAUCCUCCAGCUCCAUCCCAUCCUCCAGCUCCCUCCCAUCCUCCAGCUCCCUCCCAUCCUCCAACUCCCCCCCAUCCUCCAGCUCUAUUCCACCCUCCCAUCCUCCAACUCCCCCCCAUCCUCCAACUCCCUCCCAUCCUCCAGCUUCCCUCACCCUCCCAUCCUCUUGCUCCAUCCCAUCC